UCAUAAAACAACUAAUGAAACUAGUUCCGAGAAAGGAAAAAAAAUCUAUAACCUUUCAGCUCCUUGUCUCUGAAGCCACUCAUUAACAUGGAAACAACAACCCAAUUGCAGAAACUGAAAGAAGAAGAAAAAGUAGUAGUAGAAGAAGAAAAGCAUGUGAUUCAAACACCGCAAGAGCAUGAAGAAGAAGCUCACCCUUAUGCAUUUCAUGUUUCCGGUCCUCGGAAUUUGGUGAAUCUUAACUGGAGAGAUCUUAUUAGUUCUAGUUGGAAGGAUUCAAAUUACAAGAGAACAGUUAUUGCUUGUUUUAUACAAGCCGUAUACUUGCUUGAACUCGAUCGACAGGAGAAUCGACAACCAGAAACUGCUCUAGCACCAAACUGGUGGAUUCCUUUCAAGUACAAGCUAACAAAGACACUGAUAGACGAAAGAGACGGUUCAAUUUUCGGCGCAAUACUUGAAUGGGACAGAUCCGCUGCAAUGUCUGAUUUAGUAUUAAUCAGACCAAGUGGUGCACCAAAAGCUGUUUUAGCACUAAGAGGAACUUUACUAAAAAGCCUCACAAUGCGAAGAGAUAUCGAAGACGACCUUCGGUUCCUCGCUUGGGAAAGCUUAAAAGGUUCCGUAAGGUUUAAAGUAGCUUUCGACACACUAAAAGCCGUUUCUGAUGCAUAUGGAAGUAGCAAUGUUUGUGUAGCAGGACAUUCAUUAGGAGCUGGUUUCGCACUUCAAGUCGGGAAAUCAUUAGCAAAAGACGGCAUCUAUGUAGAGACACAUUUAUUCAAUCCACCCUCCGUUUCAUUAGCUAUGAGUCUAAGAAACAUUGGUGAAAAAGCUGAGUUAGCUUGGAGGAGAAUCAAAUCUAUGAUUCCUUCACGCAACGAAGAAGUAAAUAACAUCAACAGCGACGAAAACAACAAAAUCAAGAAGAAUUGGAUGAUGCCGUGGUUAACUAACUUGAAGAACAAUGGUUUUGGUGUUGGAAAAUGGGUUCCUCAUCUCUAUGUGAACAAUAGUGAUUAUAUAUGUUGUUCUUAUAACGAACCUGAUAGAUCGAACGAGAAAAAUGAUGGUGGUGGUGAUAGUAAUAAGGAGAAUGUUGGUCCGAAUAACAAUGGUUGUCAUGUUUCUGCGAAGCUGUUUGUUGUGAAUAAGGAAAAGCAGAAGUUUCAUGAAGCUCAUGGAUUGGAACAAUGGUGGUCAAAUGAUUCUUCGCAGCUUCAGCAAACUAUUCACACUAGUAAACUCAUAAGCAGGCAGCUUAAAUCUUUGUAUACAAAUGGUGGUGGUGGGGGUGGUGGUAGUGGAAGUGGUUCUUCUUCUUCUUCUCAAGUUUUGCAGGGAAAGACAAAGUAAAUAAGGAUUUGAUCUCAUUGGUUACAAAUUGAAUUCAUUUUUUGCUUGUGUAAGUGUUGAUAUCUUGUUAAUUUUUUCUUUCGGUUUUUCUGGUUUAUAGUUUUGGACAAGUUGAAGGUUCUUAUUAUCUUAUAAUAUAGUAUACAAGCCAUUGUACUGUAAUUGCAGUUUUGAAGUCUAAAACUAAGAACAGGAUCUGUCUUUUACUUGAAGUAUUCUUACAUGCUAUGUUAUAACCAAAAAUUUCAGUAUGAGCAUUUUUCUUCUCCAGCUAGUAAAGAUUUUAAGUAAUUUCAAGGAUGUGAAAAGAAUGUUUGGUAUCAAUUGAUUUCUAUAGAUGUGAUUUACUUUUUUGUUUUAAAGCUUCCUAUUAUGGUACAAGAGGCAAGCCGAAAAUCCCAAUAUAGGAACCAAUUACUUUGGUAACUGUUGGAGUCUUUCCAAUAAAGAUAGAACAGAUUUUGGGACUACGCACCAUAUGCAGGAAGUUUCUUCUGCAGAUACACAUGAACAAUUUGAUGGCACCAUAUGUUGUUGAGCGGUCGCUAAACGUUCAGAACAAGAUUUGAGGCAAAACAAAUGUUGGUGUUAUGUCCUGGAAUAAAGGCUGAACCAAAAUAUGAGAAAUCUGAUGAAUAUGAAGAAUGGGAGGAUGAAAUUGUUCGAUUAAGUCAUAGCUUCUUGACUCCAUGACCAAAGACAUCGUAUCGAAGGAGACGUAUUCAGUCAACCGAGAUGCAUCUAAGGCAUAUCAAUUACACUAUGAGGUAAUUUCUACUCGUCGAAAUGGAGGCUUUG